AUGAGAUUUCAUUUCUGUGGAGGUUUGGAUGCUCCUGAUUGGCUUUUGGCCAAUGUGGCUAUUCUGUCAAAUAUUUCUUCAGUUCAGUUAAAGUUUCUCUCAAUUGCAAUUAUGAAGGAAAUUUGUGAAUCGGAAACAUUUGACUACGAUAAGGCACUGAAAAGAACUGAAGGCGCAUGUAAGGAUAUCAAAGAAGUUAAAAGCGCAAUAGCAUCCAUAUUAUUUAUAAUUUCUAACGCUGCAAGGUUUGACGUUGAGGAGCAACAACUCUCCUUGGAAUUACAACAAAUAGGUUUACCGAAGGAAAGCAGCGAGUCUCUUUGUAGAUCCUAUAAAUCGAGUAAGGACAAGCUCAUUCAACAUUUUAAGACUAAAACUUUGAGAUUACCAAAAAUCGAUGAAUUGAAAUGGCGAGUAGAUUUAGUCUUAUCCUCAUCGACCCUCAAGUCAAUGAAUGAACCUUCGGUACAACUGAACUUGAAAAUUCUUCACUCUGAAGAACAUGGCUCGGUUGUCACUCAUGAACGAUUUGAAUUGUCGGCUGACAAGUUCAGAAUUUUGUACAAUGAAUUGAAAGAUGUAAGACAACUCAUGGACGAGUACAUGAAAUAA